AUCGAUAGCUCUGCGUUCGACUAUUCGGUCUCCUCCUCAUUGACUCUAUCGGCCAACAACCAGCACAGUCUAGUCAGAGCACGGCUGCACCGUGUUGUUGUGACUGCUAUGGCUGUAGUGAAUGAAUGAACCUUGGGACCAGAGUUACCACUCAAAGGGUAAGCAGCACCAUGGGUCGACACUCCUCGGACAGUGAGGAUGAUAGCAGAAGCAAAAAGAAGAAGAAGAAGCAGCAGCGUCGUCGUUCGUCCUCCUCCUCUUCAUCCUCGUCGUCGUCUGGAAGCAGAAUGACCAGCAGCCGCAGUAAACGAUCCACCCGCCGUAGUCGUUCUCGAUCAAGAGAUAAGGAGAGGGACAGAAGGCGCAGGAGACGCUCCAGCAGCAGCUCGUCCCACGGGUCAUCCCGCAGGAAGAGGAGCCGCAGCGCCGACCGGGACAGAGGGAGGAGCCACCGCUCGCACCGGUCCCGCAGCCGCGACAGAAGGUCGCCGUCUCGCCACCAGCGCUCCCGCAGCAAGAGCCGCAAGCGGAGCCGCAGCCGGGAGCGGGACCACGCACGCCGGAAGGGCCGGGACCGAGACAAGGACAAGGAGAAGGAGAGGGACCGGGACAAGGGGAGAGGGCGGCACAAGGACAGAGACAACGAGAAGAGCAAGGACAAGGCUAAGGAGAAAGGGGACACCGCCAUCAUCAAAGCCGGUUUAGAGCAUCUGAUGCCAGCAGAACAGGCCAAGGUUCGGAUGCAUAUGGUUCUACAAGCGGCAGGUAGGCAGGGGACGUCUCUGGAGGAGCAAGUGAGAAGGAUAAAGGACAUUGAGGCCAUCGAGAGUGAUUCCUUUGUUCCUCAGGCUUUCAAAUCAUCCAGGGACGACAUAAAGGUGGAGCCAGCCGAGGUGAAGCAGGAGGACCCCUCUGAAGCCCCUGUGGAGGUGGCUGUCCUCCCCACGUCGAUACGCUACAACGACACGGACAACCUGGCGCACCCAAGCCCAGAGGAAGCCAGGCUGCACAGAGAUACGCUCCACCGUGGCAGCCAGGGACUCAGCCGUUACACGGAGCUGGGGCGAACUGCCUAG